AUGGUCGGAGUGAGAAAUGGCCUCCAAGCACUCGCUUUUCUCAGUGCUGUUGACUUUUUAACGGGAAAAGUGCUUAUAAGUCGCUACGUUGUACCAUCAGAGAAAGUGGUUGACUGGAGGUCAAAGUUCAGUGGAAUAACGGAAGAUAUCAUGACCAGUGCCAUCUACUCUGGUGCAGCGUUUAAAAGCUGGCGAGAAGCGCGCAAUAAAUUAUGGGAGUUUAUGGACGACUCGACUAUAUUAGUAGGUCAGUCUCUCAACUAUGAUCUCGAAGUCCUAGGUAUAUGUCAUGCGAAGAUUGUUGACACUGCAAUCUUGACUGCCGAGACUGUCUUCCCUUCCAUUAUCUCCACCAAGCCGUUACCUCGUAUGUGGAGCUUGAAGAGUCUUGCGAAGGAUUUCUUGAGCUUGGAUAUACAGAACAGCAAUUGUGGGCAUAUUGCUUUAGAAGACACGUAUGCAGCACGAGAUAUCGCCAUCUGGUGUAUCAGAAAUCCAGAGGAACUGAAAUUGUGGGCAGAAAAUGCUCGACGUCGGGAGGAAGAGUGUAAGCUCAGAAAACGCCUACAAAGGCAUCACAAGGGGAAAUCCAAAAGCAAAUUGCCUGCCUCCCAGUCUACUCGAGCUUGGGAAUAUGGUGCUAAAUAUGACGAUUAUUCCGAUAAUUUUUUAUGGUCUGAUCUUGCAGAAGAUCUUGGAUGGCCGGAGGAAUAUGAUCCUUGGUCCGAUUGA